AUGAAAAAAAUCUUUCCCGUGAUCCAACUUAGCAACUUCAAUCGUCGAAUAAACGCUCAGGGCGCUCAUUUCGAAUUUAGGAUAAGGUACGGAGACGCUUAUUCCAGGGGGAAGGUGUACUUCAUUCAUGUGCAUUGGAAAAAUGGACCUAUCACUCCUGUUUACAGAAGCUACAGUACUCUUCUUGAACUUCAGGAAAGACUGCUAACAAUAGAGGACUUCCUACUAAGGCAGAACGAUGAGGCAAACACUGGGACACUUCUCAAAAGAGAGUCAUUUUCCAACAGAUUUACAAUUAAAAAGCGGGCCAAAGCGCUCAGAAGAAUGCCUGUUGUGGACGAAUUCCUCAAAUCGAUAGUUCACCGUCCACCACACAUCUCCGGAUCAGAUCCUGUGAUUAACUUUUUUCUUCCUUUACCUGAAGACCUUAUCGAAUCAGAUUCCGAUCAAGCACAUCGUGAAUCAAGGCACCCGGAGAGUCUAAAGGAAACUUACAUUACCAUGGCAACCUACGAGCCUCAACUGGAAGACGAGGUUGGGUUUGAGAUGGGGAAGAUUAUUAAAGUCAUUCAGAAAAAUCUGGACGGAUGGUGGUUUGUCAAGUUGGAGGAAAAGGAAGGAUGGACACCAGCCAUGUUUCUGAGAGAAAUAGCCUCAUCUCAACACAACGCGAGAGAGAAAGGGAAACACGCUGCAGUCAGAGCGAUGCUUAGAGACACACGAUUAAAUAGUAUAUCGGUCAUUGCAGGAAGAAGACAAACGUGGGAUCCCUCCGCAAGGAAAAUGAGUGUGAAGAGGAAUAUUUCUAGACAUGGAGCAAACCAGGGAGAACCAAGUUCUACAGCAAGAGAAAACAGUUUUAACACCAAGCCCGCAAGAUCGUACGUAAACUUGGAAUUUCAUGAAAUCACCAAACGGCCUGCAGGACGGCAGACUCCUCGCCAAAAACUGGAUCCUAAUGAAGCAAGAGAAAACAGUUUUAACACCAAGCCCGCAAGAUCGUACGUAAACUUGGAAUUUCAUGAAAUCACCAAACGGCCUGCAGGACGGCGGACUCCUCGCCAAAAACUGGAUCCUAAUGAAGUAAGAGCAGGUUGCAGAUUUGGGAAAGUCUCGAACAGCAUUAAAGAAAACGAAAAAAAUGAAAACGGCGGGCUGCUCGGUGUUGGACUCGGCUUCCAACCUAGAGCGUUGUCAUUUGUAGAAGAGGAGAGCCAGGAAACUGUAUCCCGCGGGACGAGUCCUAUGCAAAGCCCGCUGCUGAGUCGGGAUUCCAGCAGCUCAAAAAGUCCAGAUGAUGCUUUCGACAAACCUGAUGGUGUCCAACCGUCUGAAUCUCUGGAUGAAGAAGUAAGCAAGAACGUCAGCGGACUUCCGAUUGAAGAUGCUGAAACUACGCACACACCCGACUUUGAAGAUGUUGUUGACAAUUCUCACACAAACGAAGGGCUAGAGAUGGAAGAUGAAGAGAACAGCGAAGACAAAGACCAAAACAAUAAUGAAGGAGAUGAUGAAGACAAAGACGAGGGCAAAGAGUACACAGAAAACAUGCCAGAACUGGUAAGCAAUAAAAGGUUUUACGCCACCGGUUCGUACAAAAAAGAGGAAGAUAAAGAAGUCAAUUUACGAGAAAAUGUUGAGGUUGAACUUCUCGAGGAAUCCGAAGGGGGCUGGUGGCUAGUGCGAACCUCAAGUCACUCUGUGGGUUGGGCGCCAUCAAACUUUCUGGAAAAGGCCCAAAGUCUAAAAGGAGGAUUUGGACAUAGCAGCGGAAAAGACCUGCAGUACGAAAAUAUCCUGGAGGUUAUACCGAUAAGACCGCCUAAGUCCCCCAGAGUUCUUAAGAUGGCGGAGGACAUGUGUUUAGAGAAUAAAUUUUGGUGUUACAUUCAGAAAAGUAAAGAUAUGGACACUUCCCCGCUUGAUGAGAAGGACGUGAAGCCUGAGAGAACUAGCGAUUUCAAUAUCAAGAACAAUCAGCUGCAUUCAGAGGAAAAAGAAAACAACGAGGUUAUGACUUCUACAUUUGACGACUAUGAAUGCGAUCUUGAAAAUGGAGUCUGCACGAGGAAAAGCCCCAAAUUAGCGGGUGUUAAAUACGUGCCUCGAAAUAACGCCCCUGCUGACAAGGGGUUCCUUCAAGCUGAAUACGAUGGCCCGGGUCUCACUGAAAGAUCCGAAAGUGUACCAAGUUUAGCCGAGUCAGAGGACUUUGAUGACUUGCCUUCUGACUGAACUCAAGUGCAACAAAACAGUAAAUAGCUGAAAAAUCAGUCUCGCUCGCUUUAUUUCGUACAAUGUACUUUACUAUUGUCAGCUGUGUCCUUGUUUUAUUAUCCAUAUCAUCGUGCAUGUAAAUAGAGGAUAAUACAUGGGCGCACGUAGAUGUGGAAUAUCUCCUCGAGUGUCCCACUCGAUAUCUUACGAGUGAGCUCAGCAAACGAGUCAGAUAUAAAGUUGAACACGAGAAGAGAAAUUAGGUAUCUACAAGCAACCAUGUGUUAUUUUGUUUAUUAUAUAAACAGAUUGAUAACGACGUUCUGGACGGUUUUUUGUAAGACAGAGGGCGAUAAAGUUCUAGUCCUCAACUUUUAAUCUAACGUUGAUCCAGCGCUCGUGUAAUGGUCGGCCCAACUGAAUCGCUUUUUAUGCAGGGAACGUCACUACGUCAGUGCAUUGUGGUGAGAUAUUAUGUGAUAGAAAAACAUAAAGCAGGUGGUCGCCAGUCGAUAUAAUAUCGUACAUAAGACUUAUUCCAGACUAGUACGUACAAUCUGUGACUACAUAUUAGAUAUCAUCUCUAACGGGAAAGAGAAACUAUAAGUCGGGCCAACAGGUUUGAUGUUCAUGUUUAUUAAGCGUAAUAAUCUACGUUUGUAUACAACUGAAGGAAGUAAUAUCUGCCUUCCUACAGAUUUACACUUUAUGACUUCAAGUGCCUAUGAAGUAAAAAAUAAUUCCUGCUUAUGUGAAAGGCUUUUCAAAGUAAAGAAGAAUGGCGU